CCGCCCUCACAGGCCAUGGCGGCGCGGGCGGCGCGGGGCAUGCCGGGAGGGGCGGGGCGGUCCCGCCCAGCCCGUGAGGUGGAGCAGCGGCCCCGGCCCGGCCCGACCCGGCGGCCCGAGGGAGCCCCGGCGCCGGCACCGCCGCCAUGUUCUCGUUUAACAUGUUCGACCACCCCAUCCCCCGCGUGUUCCAGAACCGCUUCUCCACCCAGUACCGCUGCUUCUCGGUGUCCAUGCUGGCCGGGCCUAAUGACAGUAAUUAUGCCACCGUCGGCUUUGGAUCAACUCAGCCGCCUGAACAUCACGUACCCCAUGCUGUUCAAGCUGACCAACAAGAACUCGGACCGCAUGACGCACUGCGGCGUGCUCGAGUUCGUGGCUGACGAGGGCAUUUGUUACCUGCCACACUGGAUGAUGCAGAACUUGCUGCUGGAAGAGGGAGGCCUGGUGCAAGUGGAGAGUGUUAAUCUGCAGGUUGCUACAUACUCAAAAUUUCAGCCACAGAGUCCAGAUUUUCUUGACAUCACCAAUCCCAAAGCUGUAUUAGAAAAUGCACUGAGAAACUUCGCCUGUCUGACGACUGGGGAUGUUAUUGCCAUCAACUACAAUGAAAAGAUCUACGAGCUCCGGGUGAUGGAGACCAAACCGGAUAAGGCCGUGUCCAUCAUCGAGUGUGACAUGAAUGUGGAUUUUGAUGCUCCUUUGGGGUACAAAGAACCAGAAAGAAGUGCACAACACGAAGAGAGCACAGAUGUGGAAGCAGACCAUAGUGGAUAUGUGAGUGACAUAGGAUUUCGUGCAUUCUCUGGUUCUGGGAACAGACUGGAUGGCAAGAAGAAAGGUGUGGAGCCUAGUCCCUCACCAAUUAAACCAGGAGACAUCCGAAGAGGAAUUCCCAACUAUGACUUCAAGAUUGGUAGGAUCACAUUCAUUAGAAACUCACGUCCACUGGUUAAGAAAGUCGAAGAGGAUGAAUCUGGAAGCCGGUUUAUUGCCUUUUCAGGAGAAGGCCAGUCCCUGCGCAAAAAGGGAAGGAAGCCCUAGGCUGUGGUACCUUCAGUUAGUUAGGAGGAAAAUAAAGUAACAGUUGCAGCAUA